UCUGUCAUGGCGGCGAGUACCACUGCCAGGCAAGCGGCAGCUCAUCUUUCCUCGUCGCGUGUUACGCGCUUCUGUUCUUCGGCUUCUCUUCGAGCCACGACGAUUAUUUAGUUUUAACUCUGGACUAAGGACAAUUUGGUUGUUUUUUUUCUAAGGAUAUAUCUCAACGAUUGGUGUAUUCGAUUUGAAUCUGUUACGCGAGUGCGAGGAAUCCCAACUGUGCUCUCUUCGAUUUUUCGUUUCUCCCUUUUUUUUUUAACCUCUCUCGCUCAUUCACUCAUUUACCACUUAUUCUAUCUUUCUCUUUCCAUUUUUUUCUUCUUCUUUUCUCUAUCUCUCUCUCUUUCUUUCUCUUUCGGUUUCUUUUUUCAUUCCUUAAACACAGUGACACACAACUUGUGACAAUUUGUUUGUGUGCUAUCGAAUCAGUGGUGAUUUAUCUACGUUUUUUCUACGUAAAAAAAGAGACACAUAUGAUCGAUUGAAAAAAAAAAACGAAACUAUACACGCGUGUGUAGUUACUCUUUGGGAUCUUAUAUUACAAUGGGAUCGAAUAAUGGAAAAGAAAAGUGUCAUAGAUAGUUAGUUACUUUUGCUCGGAGAGAAAGGAUUCACGAAUAAGAGUAAACUUAGAGUUUUGAAUAAGUAUAAACGGUUGCUGUGUCGUGGGCUCGAUCGAUCUUGAAGGUUGUGCCUUCCGAAGGUCGCUUCGAUACUCCCACGGAAUUUCCGCAUCGCGCUUUGGAUCGAACUCAGUUCGCGUCGUGCGUGACACUUUGCUUCGAACGAGAGCCCCCAGCACUACUGCUCUCUAUGUGUAAACUUUUUCUCUACUCUCGUCUAUAAUACUCUUCGUAAAAGCAUGUCAACGUUGAAAUAAACGUGCUCGUGUACAAAAAAAAAUUUGUCGCGUGAAAAUAAAUCGUUACAUUGAACAGAUUGAUAAUAAAUCGUCGGGGUGUUUAUCUUAAAGGAUAUACGUAUAUACAUAUAUACAAGAUUAUUGCUGAAAAUCUAAAAAAGUUGAAGUGACAUCGGUGAAGAUAGGCGAGGGUGGCCAUCGCGGUUGGACCGAGCUGACAACGGCCGAGUAUUCUCGAAACGAAUCAGCAGGAGUAACAAUGUCCUAGCGAAGGCAGGACCUCGUCUAGACCGCUCCCCCUCGUCCUGAUCCAUUUCUUCCGAAACCUUCAAUCCUUGCUAAUGUUGCUGUCCUAAGAUUACAACUACCAUAACAAACUUUACCCGUGCUCUGUCGCAUUACACACGUACACGACGCAUACAUACAACCGCGCGCGCGUAUACACGCACAGAUACGGAGACACACACAGAAAGAGACAGAGAAACACACACACACACACAUGGGACACGUAUACAUACACAUGCGUACACUUACAGACACGUAUAUCAAACUCGCUUUCAUCCUUUACCAAUUCUUUUUACUUAUCAUUCUUUCUCCAGCUUCAAUUUCGUUUCUGCGAAAACAUUCUGACGCUUGCUAAGAAGAAGAGGAUUUCAAAAGAAAUUUAUACGAACAUAAUAAGCAAACACGCACAAGUAUACCUACAUAUCCAAAGAUCUUAUACGCACAUAGUGGAACGCGAGCUUUCCGAAUCCGGCCAAGUCCAAAGUCCUUAAUCCCGUGGGGCUCCGCCCGCACGCGAAGGAACCACACCCCGAGUACAGUGAGAGAAAGAUAACAAGAAGAAAAUUCAAGAUACGGAUUUAACGUUAUCAUUGGUGAUGAUAGCAACACGCUGCUGUGGUGGUUAAGGUGGCUCUCGAGGAGAACCUGAAAGUGGCGAGGAUCGUGAAAAUCGGCAAACGAGGCGGGCGAUCCGGAGAGCGGUAGUGGCGGCGGAGCGGCAGGGAUACUAUGGGAGCGGGGGUAUGGGGGGCGGAGGAGGGCUACAAGCCACGGACCUCCGGCGAAGGCUCGAGUCCCAAUCCUGCGAACGAAAUUCUUCUGAGAAUCCUCCUUUUUUAAGACAAGAAGAUGGUUUUUACGUACCUGUUGAGAAUGGCACUUGCGAGGAUGAGGAUAAGGUUGAGUUCGGAGCGAUUCUCGUUUCCGGUCAGCCAACUUGUACAGGUUCCCGGGCGUAUAAACGUCAAGAGAAAGAGAAGGAUACGGAAGAGAUAAGAAUUUUGAAACGCGUAAUAGGAUCCGAUGGAUCCUACCACGGGAAGCUGAGGUUUUCCACGAAUAGUUUUGACAGCAUCGAGAAUGAAGCGGAAGCGACGACGGAAGGGGAAGGGAAUGGUGAAAGGAAACAGCGACUACGGUGGUGUCGCAGGGACUUCCGGCGGAUCGCGGAAGUGGCCACAAAAACUUUGCUUUUGGGCAUCGUUCUCCUCGCCACACCAGGACUUUGUCAUCAGGACGCGGUGCAUAUAACGGCUAUAUUGGGAGAAAGUGUUGUCUUCAACUGUCACGUUGAGUUCCCUGGUGAGCACCCAGUGCCCUACGUUCUUCAAUGGGAGAAGAAGGUAGGCGACAAGGGGCAGGAGAUACCGAUAUACAUAUGGUACGAGACGUAUCCAACCCACAGUGGCGAAGGGUACGAAGGUCGCGUCUCGAGAGUGAGCCCAAAUUCGAAUUACGGAAUGGCCAGCCUAAACCUUACAAACAUCCGUGAGAGCGAUCAAGGCUGGUACGAGUGCAAGGUCGUCUUCCUCAACAGGUCGCCUAACAGUGACAAGAAUGGUACCUGGUUCCAUCUCGACGUCCACGCACCACCCAGAUUUAGUAUAACGCCCGAGGAGAUGAUUUACGUGAAUCUGGGCGAUGCGAUAAUAUUGAACUGCCAAGCCGAAGGUACCCCGACGCCUGAAAUUCUCUGGUACAAAGAUGCAAAUCCUGUCGAACCGUCACAAACGAUUGGUAUCUUCAACGACGGUACCGAACUGAGAAUUGCAACCAUCAAAAACGAGGAUAUCGGUGAUUACACGUGCAUUGCGAGAAAUGGAGAGGGACAAAUCAGUCAUACUGCGCGAGUCAUCAUAGCAGAUCGAGCGAAUACCGAUAUGGAAAUUCCGGUAACCACAGUAUCAGAGAAUACCUCAAAGCGAACCAGUAAUUUGACGCUGUUGUUAUAUCGGCAUAGACGCUCGAUACGAUCAAAUAAUCAAAGAGGAGCUGUCAUUAUGGUACCCCCAUCGAAUCAGUCGAAACUCGAAGGAGAAAAGGUUCAGUUUUCUUGCGAGGCAAAGGCUUUACCAGGAAACGUGACGGUACGUUGGUUUCGAGAAGGUGCACCGGUUACGGAAGUAUCGUCAUUGGACACGAGAGCUUCAAUCAGGAUGGAUGGGAGCCUUGUCAUUAGUCCUGUCAGCGCCGACGAUUCCGGUCAAUAUCUCUGCGAGGUUACCAACGGUAUUGGCUUGCCCCAAAGUGCCAGUGCCUAUCUCAACGUAGAGUAUCCAGCGAAGGUCGCGUUCACGCCGACGGUUCAAUAUCUGCCCUUCCGGUUGGCUGGUGUAGUGCAGUGUUAUAUCAAGGCUAAUCCGCAAUUUCAAUACGUAACAUGGACGAAGGACAAGCGACUACUAGAACCUUAUCAGGCUAAGGAAAUCGUGAUAAUGAACAACGGCUCCCUGCUGUUCACGCGAGUCAAUGAGAAUCAUCAAGGAAGGUAUACGUGUACUCCUUACAAUGCUCACGGUACCCAGGGUAGUUCAGCGCCAAUGGAAGUACUCGUUAGAAAACCACCGGUUUUCACGUUAGAACCGGAAACGGUUUAUCAGAAAAAAUAUGGCGAAAGCGUCGAAAUGCAUUGCAACGCUCAGGAAGCAGAAGGCACUCAGAAACCUACCAUACAAUGGCUUAGGAAGGACGGUUCACCGAUUCAACGCAACCGGGCAAAAAUCAACGGCGGUAAUCUCACGAUCGAAAGCUUACGACGUACAGAUUUUGGAUUUUAUCAUUGCGUUGCAUCGAACGAAGUUGCUACCAUUUCCACUUCGACUCAGUUAAUCGUCGAGGGUACUCAACCUCAUGCGCCUUACAACGUUACCGGCAACGCUACGGAAUUUUCAGUUACAUUAAAUUGGUUACCUGGUUAUUCCGGUGGUCCUGAUUAUAAACAAGAUUAUACAAUCUGGUAUAGAGAAGCUGGUACAUCAGAAUGGGAAACGAUACCAGUGACACCAUCGGGUAGUACAAUGGUCACGAUCAACAGAUUGACACCGGCUACGGUUUAUGAGUUUCAGGUUAUCGGAAAAAACGCUUUGGGUGACGGAACAAUGAGCAAAGUCAUCACCAUCAGAACUCUCGACAUCUUAGAUUAUAGUACCCUCGAAUUAUCGACCGAUUCUACUGGAAAUACAGGCAUACCGUCUACCAUAAGGCCCAAAGGACCGAAACCAGGUCCACCGAAAAAUCUUACGGUGACCGAAGUCAGUAAUGGUUUUCUAAUAACUUGGGAAGCUCCAUCCGAACGGAAUCAUCUUAUUCAACAUUACACUAUCAAAUAUAAAACUGACGGGCCCUGGAAAAAUCUCAAUAAGGGACAAAUCCGUCCGGAGGAUACACAGUUUUUGGUGAAGAAUCUGGUUGGUGGUAGAACGUAUUAUUUCCAAGUGUUCGCAAAUUCAGCGACGAAUUAUGGUGCCAGCGAACAAGUUAAAUUUCCUGUACCUGCUCGUGUGAAACACAAAGCUAUCACGGCCGGUGUUGUAGGUGGUAUUCUUUUCUUCAUCGUCGCCAUUAUCCUGAGUAUAUGUGCGGUGAAGAUCUGCAAUAAGCGGAAAAGACGAAAACAGGAGAAAGAACUGCUUUCAGCGUAUAACAUGGUGACUUGCCGGGUUACCGACAACAGGAAUGGUGCAGGGCAGGGGCCUCAAGGAACAGUGCCUUUGAAAAAACCUAGAAAAAGCAGAGUACCAGGUCUAAAUCUCCUACGAGAGAUUUUGAGUCCAGACACACCGGACUCGUGCCGCGGUCGUCCCCUCGGUAAGAUCUCUCGCGCAGCCGACGGCCGAUUCGUCGUGGCGGAUUCGGUUCUCAGUUCGGCGAACAACAGCAUCCUGGAUGCAUCUAGCAGCGACGACGGCGGCUUUCUGCCUAAACAACGGCUCAAGUCCUCUUGGCGACGUCCCUUAGUCGGCAACAGUCAACUGAGUCUGAGAUCAUCGGGUAGCGGUGUAUCGAUAGGUGCUCUACACGCUGCUCACCAUCAUCAUCAGGAUGCGGUUAAUUCAUUGGCCAGGAUACCACCAACUAUCUGUACGAUAUCGUCGCCGAGAUUCUUAGCGAGUUCACCGAGCGGUCCCAACGUACCCUGGACACCGUUAUACUUUAGCGACCUCAGUUCCGUGAGACAACCAUCUUCAGGGGAGAGAUCCUUCCCUACCCCUCCAAGUUACCUCCAAUUGCGAACCGUUCAUCAACGUUACAGUCAAGAGCUUCCAUCUUUGAAGGCGAUCCACGCCGAGUCCAGAAGAUUCGUACCAGUACAGCCUCUUGCUACCUCGUCUCCGCCUCAAUCCGCUGGUCGACCAAGGGCGAGACUUCCACCGAGACACGCCAGGCACGCCAGGUCGGCGCCUGAACUGGCUGCGUCUCCGGAUUUGGAGACCUCGCCUGAAAGUAGAUCUAGCAGUUCAGGCUUCGGUAGCAAGAACACGUCUCAACAGAACCAGAGCUCGAGGAGCGGAAGCACGGUGGCUGAAUGGAGACCACCACCUUACCGGCCGCCGCCCCCUCCUCUGGUUGGUCGAUGGUUGGAGCUUCAGGACCAGGCGAAGGUCAGCCACUUGAAGAAUGCCGUGGAUGCUGGUAGCGUCGAUGGACAUUACGAGUUCGAUCCUGCCUCUUGUACGCCUACACCUACUUCUGCCUCAACUCCCACUAGAGAGGAGAGACCGCCGGUACAUCAAAUACACGCCAUUCAUGUACCGCACGUUCAUCAAGUACAUACUGUUCAUCAUCAACCAUCUAGAUACAGCAGGGAUAAUAUCGAGGCUAGGGUACAGGCCAUGAAGGCUGAAUUUCAUCAAUUUAGGCAGAGGCAGGCUAGGAGAAAACAAAGCACCCAUUUGGAAAGCGCCUGUUAAAAUAAGCUUGUCAAAUUAUAAUUCAUUCGACGAUCAUGGAUGAUUCGCAUCGUGGUUACGAUUGGUACGAUUAGAUACGGUCCAACAAUAACCGAAUAAAAUCUAGUAACGAGACAUUUACCAUUGAAUCGGAUAUAUCGGUGGACCAAGAGAGAAAGAGAAAAUCAUCUGUCGCGGUCGAAGACAACCUGGUUUAUGCGUGUUGCUUUCCUUUUUGGGAAAUUAUUCGGCGUAAGACCAAUAAAAUGUCAAGGCACAAAAACAACGAGAAUCAUCAUCGCGUAACGGUAUCGAAAUAAUAGGCGCGUUAUAAAAUGUCAAUUCCGCUAGCCAAAGCAAUCCUCUCUGAUGUUGUUAAAAUAAAACAAAAAAAUAAAAAAGAAUGAGAGAGAGAGAGAGUGAGAGAGAGAGAGAGAGAGAGUAAGAAAGAAAGAAUGAAAGUGAGAGGACUGUUUUUACGGGCAUCAAGCUCAGGAUAACACGUGAGUUUUCCUCCCCCCUCGAUCACGAAGAACAAAGAAGCAAAAAACAACGUAGUAGAUACAAAAAUACGUUCAGAUGUUCGCAUCUUUUUUUUACUAAUUAAGAAAAAAAAAAGCGCAUGCGAGAUCAUAUUUAAAUCGAACUAGUCUCUCUCUGAGAUCGCCUAUGACAGAAAGACGAUCCAAAGAGGAUGUGUGGGGGAAAACAAAUAAAUUAAUACAAAAUAAUAUUUAAAAAAAAAAUAAAAAAACAGCGAAAUUGCCUACGAUCGAUGAACGUCACCGCGUGCGUGACGUACAAAGACGGAAGAAUAGAAUCGAGAAAAUGGAAGAUGAAGAAAAAAAAUGUGUUGCUGGUCGCGUUCUAAGAUAAAUACCAACCGCGCCUACGUCCAAAUCAAGUGGACCGUGAUUUUUAAAUGUAAAGUAAAAUAAGAAGUAAUGAAACAAAUAAAAAGAAAAAAAAAGGAAAAAAAAAUAAAAAUAAUAAAAAUCAAGGAACGCACCAAAAAAAAAAAAAAAUAUACGCUCAAGGGUAAAGAUGACACAAGUGUCGACGAGAGGAUGGACAAUUGUUUUUUUGUAAAGCUCAGUGAAACUGCCCCGUGGCUAUGAGCCGCGCAAAAAGAUAUCUCCCGCUGCUAGCACGAGAUUAAAGGCGAGUCGUUAGAAUGUAAGAAAACGAAAUUGACAAGAUGAAUAAGAUGAAGAAGAAGAGGAUAGGAAAUAAUAAAACGAAGGAACGAAAAAAAAAGAAAGGAUGAAGACGAGUAGAUAGACAAACGGCAUGACACUCCAAAGAAACUGUACCACUGUACGUGCUCCAUAUACCUUUUAACAUACAAACAAACAAAAUAAUAAAAAACGAAACGUUAAGAUUAAACGUAAUCGUACGCUGUAAGUAAUAAUUAAUGAAAAUUAAAGCAAAUGAAAAAAAUAAAAUAAAAUAAAAUAAAAAACGUAAGAUAAUCGAAAGAAAUAACGAGAUAAAUUACACAGAAUACAAGCAUAAGAAUACUCGACAUAAAUCCACACACACACACACACACACACACACACACAUAUAUAUAUAUAUAUAUAUAUAUAUAUAUACACAUACGAAUAAAUACACACAAGAGAUACAUUCGUUACAUUAUUAAAACACGCGCGUACACUUGAAGAUACAUUAUAAAACAAGUCGGAAUAGUACAGUAGAAUCCCCUCCCCUCUACCUCCCGUGUAUUAACACGGGUUCAUCAUAUAAUACAGAUUCAUAUAACACGAAUUCAUAUAAACACAACGCCAAAAUUGUGGCAAUAUAACACGAUUACUAAGGAGGCACUGCCCCCGAUACACCCCCCGAAGCGAAAAAGCGUCACUUUUUCGCGAUAGGCACGACCGUUGUAGUUCAAGUUUAAUGGCUUACAAUUAUUUUUAAAUAAAAAAAUAAAUAAAAAUUGUCCUACACGAUUUUUCAAUCAUUUUACGUUGCGUUUAAUUAUAUUAAGUAUAAAUAUUAUAAUUUUUCACAAAUAUGCUCGUCAAACAAAAUAAGGGAAAUAAAAAACGUUGAACUUUGAAAUUACUCGUGGAUCUUCGUAACUUUUUAAUGUAAUUUUGUUUUAAAUUUGAAGUAAUUCCAUCCAACCUUUUUAGACGAUAGAGAGUGGAUACACGAACACGCAUAAAUGCGUUAAUACAAAAAACAUACAUUUAGAUUUUGAUAUGAAACGUACAGAUCCACCAUAAAAGGAUUUUUUCGAUAUUUCUCAAUUAGAUUUCGAAAUAAGAUAAUAAUUCGCGUCUGUUAUUGUUAAACACUUUUUCGCUCAUAUAUCGAGUGCACGAUGAACUUAUUGCGGUCGUGCCUAGAUAAAUAAAUAAAAAAUAAAAAUUAAAAAAAAUUAAAUAAUAAUAAUAAUAAUAAUAAUAAUAAUAAUAAUAAUAAUAAUAAUAAUAACAAUAAAAAAUAAAAAGUAAUUAUAUCGAUGAGCAAUGGACUCGAAACGUGAUAUUAGGCCGAAGCUUGCCUCGAGAUUGCUUGAGGACUCACUCGUACUGCACUGCCUGUUUAGGGUUUCGCUAGCGACCCAACAUAUUAUCGGCACAAUAAUUUUUCUUAAGUAACUUAAACAAAAUAAAACAUUAAUAAAUAAAGAUAAAAAAAAAAACAAGAAAAUAAUUAAAAAAAAAAAAUGAAGAAAAACGAGAAGUAAAAAAUAAUGUUCUUUGAAUCUACGCGCGCUCGGCCGGCGCGGUAAGAUAGCGCGUAAUACGCAUGCGCACGCUCGCACGUAGCGUUUAACCCGCCCAGUUUAAAAACGACGGCUAACUUGGAGUCUCGAGGAAAAUAGCAUUUAAUUAGCGUCCAAUUUCAAUUAAAUUAAUAAUGAACGAUAUCGUCGACGACGUCAUUGGUUUUUUCAUUCAAUUUUUAUGUAUUACUUUUUUAUUAAUAAAUAUCUAUUUUUUUUCUUUGGUUUUUAUUGUUGUUGUUGGGGCAAUUAUUCGCAUCGCAAUAAGAAACUAAUCGAUCGAUUUUAUCAUUUCGUACGACAUAUCGUUCCUCUCUCUCGACCAAAUCCUUAAAAAUAAUAAAAAUAUAAUAGAGGAAGAUGAAGAGGAAGAAAUA